UAUCCCAUCAUAUAACACGGAGCGCAUAUCCGCGCAGACCGAUCCUCAAUGCAAAGCCCGGCAUGCAGUGUGCGCUGACUUCACAUUAACGGAGCAGAGCUGUCAUCAGGACUCCCCGAUACCUGGACUCCCCGAUACCUGGACUCCCAGCACUGCCAGCCAGCGGGUUUAAAGGGACAGGCACCGGUACUGCACCCACAGCUGUAGGAUGGGCUGAUAAGGACACCGUGUUGGUCAGGAUGCCCGGCUUGAUGGCAUCCCGCUGUUACCUCCGGGCUGCGCUCCUCUUCCUCUGCUUGGUACCCUGCACGCUGAGCUGCCCCGUUCUCAUUCACAGCUGCAAGUGUGUAGCGGAGCGCCCCAAACUCGGGGUCGGAUCCGCCGGCGCCCCGAGGAAGAAGGUGGUUUGCACUAACGAGGAUCUGCUGGAGGUACCGGACCCUGCCCUGCUGCCCAACAGGACUGUGACCCUGAUUUUAACCAACAACAAGAUUACAGUCUUAAGGAAUGGAUCGUUUUAUGGACUGCAUGACCUUGAGAAAUUGGAUUUAAAGAACAAUCUGAUCAGUAAGAUAGAGCCUGGAGCCUUCUUGGGACUGUCCGAGUUAAAGCGUCUGGACAUCUCGAAUAACAGAAUUGGCUGUGUGAACCCUGCUGCCUUUCAGGGUCUGAGCAGUCUUACCCGCCUCAUCAUGUCAGGAAACAUCUUCUCCAGCCUUAAUCCAGGGGUGUUUGAUGAAAUGCCCUCCUUGAAAGUUGUGGACUUAGCAUCAGAAUAUCUCACCUGUGACUGUAAUCUGCGUUGGCUGGCAUCGUGGACCAGGAAUGGCUCGGCUCAAGUGUCAGACAGGACCCUAUGCGUUUAUCCGAGCGCUCUUAGAGAUCGGCCUCUGAGGAACUUGAAGGAAAAUCAGCUACACUGUGAGGGGACUCCAGAACUUCACACUCAUCACCUCAUUCCAUCUCUGCGGCAAGUCGUGUUCCAGGGGGACCGUCUGCCCAUCCAGUGCACAGCCAGUUACAUGGGAAACCGCAGCCAAGUCAUCUGGUACCACAACGGGAAGCAGGUAGAAGAGGACGAGGAGCUCGGCAUAAUACUGGAAGAUACCAUAAUCCAUGACUGCACCUACAUUACGAGUGAGCUUAUUCUUUCCAACAUCCACCUAUCAGCCAACGGAGAGUGGGAAUGCAUUGUAGCUACGGAGCAUGGCAACGUCAGCAAGAAAGUAGAACUGGUGGUUCUGGAGACCUCUGCAUCAUACUGUCCGGCUGAAAGGGUCUCCAACAACAGGGGGGACUUCAGAUGGCCACGGACACUGGCUGGCAUUACUUCUUACCAAACAUGCCCACCAUAUCCCUUCACUGCCAUCACCCUGAAUGAUGGGAUGCCGGAGAGGAAAGCAUCCCGUCGUUGCGACCGUUCUGGGCACUGGGAGGAAGGCGAUUAUUCUAACUGCCAAUACACCAAUGACAUUACCAACGUCCUGUACCGACUGGCCAAGAUGCACAUUAAUGCCUCUAACGUGCUAAGCCUAGCUCACCAGUUGCAGAUAUACACAGCCGAGGCCGCCACCUUCUCGGACAUGAUGGAUGUGAUUUAUGUGGCUCAAAUAAUGGAAAAGUUUGUUCGCCAAAUAGACCACGUUAAACAGCUAGCAGAGGUCAUGCUGGAGAUGGCUAGUAACAUAAUGCAGGUUGAUGACCACAUCCUAUGGAUGGCCCAGGUAGAAGAUAAAGCCUGCAGCAGUAUUGUCCAAACUGUGGAGAAGAUCGCUGGCUUAACACUUAGCAGUAACUCCCAGGAUCUGUCCGUGAGCACCCGUAACAUCGCUUUGGAGGCCUACCUUAUCAAACCCCACAGCUUUGUUGGUCUGAGUUGCACGGCUUACCAGAGAAGAGGAGGCCACCGGCAGGAGAUACACAAAAAAGAAGGGGAGGCUGACUUUCACUCCGAGCAACGGCUCAAGUUCCGAUGUACCACGGGACAAGGAAACAUCUCCCUGCCCAACUUUCACGUCAAGAACAGCCUUGCCCUGGCAUCUGUACAUCUGCCUCCGAGCCUGUUCAUGUCCACAUCUUCACCAAGCUGCAAGUUGCAAGUCUUAUCUUUCAGGAAUGGAAAGCUGUUUAGAAGUGUAGGAAACUCCUCUCGACUUGCUGAAGAUGGAAAAAGGCGAAGUAUCUCCACUCCAGUCAUAUAUGUGGGAACUCGAGAUUGUGGUUCUAAUAACCUAACAGACCCUGUCACGGUAACUCUCCGCCACUUGGUGAAGGGUUCCAAUCCUCUCCCUGCCAAAUGGAACUUUAAAUCCCUGGAAGGCUAUGGAAGCUGGAGUUCUGAGGGAUGCCGCCUUUUGUCAGAGGAGCCUAACAUCACCAGCAUGCAGUGCCAGCAGCUUGGCAACUUUGCCAUCCUGACGGAGUUGAAUACAUUUUCCGAACCAGUUAAAAACGGCACUGAAGUUCUCCAUCCCGUCAUCUAUUCCUGCACUGCAAUCCUUCUGCUCUGCCUCUUCACCACCAUCAUUACUUACAUAGUACAUCACAGUUCUAUACAGAUCUCCAGAAAGGGCUGGCACAUGCUCCUGAAUCUUUGCUUCCAUAUUGCAAUGACAUCAGCCGUGUUUGCAGGCGGAAUCAACCUGACUGGAUACCUCGUUGUCUGCCAGGCGGUCAGCAUCAUUCUACAUUAUUCAUCCUUGUCCACCUUGCUCUGGAUGAGUCUGAAGGCCAGGGUCAUAUACAAAGAGCUCACCCAUAAACCUCAGCCACAACCAGAAGGGGAAGCCGUCCAAACCCCACAACGACCAAUGCUCAGGUUUUACCUGAUCGCAGGUGGUAUUCCUUUAAUCAUCUGCGGGAUCACAGCUGCUGUGAACAUUAACAACUACAGGGAAAACAACCCCUACUGCUGUUUGGUAUGGAGGCCAAGUCUUGGAGCCUUUUAUGUCCCAGCUGCCCUUAUCCUCCUUGUCACUUGGAUUUACCUACUGUGUGCGGGAAUAAAUUUGAAGCGACAACCAACUGACCAGAAGGAUCCUCUAGAGCCAAGUGACCCACAUCAGCAACCCGGCGGCAUUAGCCACCUCCUGAGCGAUUCGAGUUCCAUAUCUGUGACCAUUAAUUCUGCAUCCCCGCCAACCGACGUAGAUGCUGUGUAUUCGCUGCACGUGCAGUUCUGGGCUCUGGUGAUUGUCCACGUUCUGUAUAUUGUGCUCUGGAUUUUUGGGGCUUUGGCUGUGUCACAGGAUUGGUAUUUCAAUGUCAUUUUCAGCUGCUUUUAUGGAGUCACGGCAGUUGUGCUAGGAAUCUUUAUGUUCCUUCACCACUGUGUACGACGGCAGGAUGUCAAGAGCUCUUGGUUUGCCUGCUGUCCAAGAUACAUAGAAACUUUACCAACUCAGGCGUAUGUCCAAACCGGCUCACCAGUAGAUGACUCUCCUCAGGUAUUCAUGGGGUGUAACCCAGAGCUGACUAAUUCCGUCAAGUCUUCAUCCUCACCGAGCAGCAGCAGUCAUUCCAAUAAUGGACCUUGUAAAAUAACAAACCUGCAGGUGGCCCAGAAUCAGGUGGAGAGCUGCUCGCCCAAGCCACCCAGCUGUGAAGACAGUGAACCAACUAAUAACAAAAACAUUACUGUUCCCAGCAGGUAUAUGAACAACCUUCAUGGGCGCAGAAACCAUAAGAGCAGAACUAAGCAGUAUCGGGAAGGGAAACACCACAGGUUAAAGGUGCUUCGCGGCCCAUCUUCUGAUCUACCCUCCAGUGAGAGUGGCAGCAUCCACAACAGCCAUUCGGAAAGUUACAACAGCAGGCACAGCCCUUUAAACAAUGGCAGGGCGGGGGUAGUUGUUAGGGAUCCAGAAGGAGCUUUAACUCACUCAGAAGGAAGCGAUAGCAGCGGCCACCAAACUCAAGACUUUGCUAGGGCCCAGAGGAAAAGCGCAAGUCGGGACAACCUUAAACAAGCCAACAGCAUGGAAAGAGAAACCAAACGCAGGUCAUACCCUCUCAACACCGCCAACCAGAAUGGGGUACUAAAGGGUAGCGAGUAUGACAUCAAUCUAGCAACUACAGAAAAUUCAGCAACCAUGAAGACUGGCCUCUGGAAAAGCGAGACUACUGUGUAGUUUGUAUCCAAGUGUUCAUAGCAGGUGCUUCAAAUGUCAUCUACAGACAUGGCUCACCAGUCUAUAUCAACACGCCAAGAAAUUGGGCUCUCCCCAGACUUAGCUUGUGGUUACACAGUGGAUGGUGGAGAUGACUGACGUCCUGAAGAGAGCCCAGAAUAUGUGCCAAAAUGCGCUUGUGCCAGUGUAUACUUUAUUGACCAGUGGCCUGUGACCCCUGGAGAACUUUUUUUAUACAUGCCUUGUGCAAGGGAUGUGCCUUGGAUAAAAUUUAUCAGCAUUGUUGAUGUGUUAAGGAUUUCCUCCUUUGGUUGUAUCUCUGACUUCAUCCAAAAAUAUAUUUUGCUUGGACAAUACUUCAGCUCUAAAGUAGCUGCACACAACCGUGUCGAACACAUUCACAAAUAAUGUGAAAGAACUCAUUUAUAUAGCAAUUAGUGCCCUAUACUAGAAUCUUCAGUCAGCUUCUUCUCUAAGUGGAAUGAUUGAAGGAGACCACCUGAUUUGAGCACUUUGAAGGACUCCCUUUUCCAUGGUUCC